AUGGAGAAUGUUGUUCCAUCGCCCAACGGAUGGGAAACGCCACCAACGGCCGGUUCCGCCGCAACAACAGGCGUGUACGCUGCCGACCACAUCCCUGGCACGUACCUUAAGACUUUGACGGGCGUGCAGCGGGGUGAGGAACUUUUCUACCGGCCAGACUUGGAGCGUCCGUGGCGAACAACGGCGGCGCAGCGAAGCGCGGCAUUGCUGGCGCUGAAGGAAAAGGAGAUUGAGGAACUUAUGCGCAAAUGCUCCAGUUUGCGAACACUGCUUGGUAACGCAAAGCAUGAUGCAAAGUACCUCGAAUUUGCCGCCGAUGAGAGGGCGAAAGAGAAGGCGGCUGAGAUACAAAAAGAGGUGAAUCGGCUUGAGACGGCGCUGAAGACAGUGAAGGAAGAAAGGGAGGAGCUGAAGAUAUCCACGGAGCACCAGCUGCGAUUGUUAAAGUCUCAGCAUGAGAAGGAACUCAUCCAGGUGCAGACUGAGAAGCGUCUGUUGAACGAUCGCUGUGUAGAACUUACCAGGAUUUAUCAGCAGCAAGUCGAUGAUGUCAAGAAGGCUGCAGCACGAGAACUAGAAUACGUGGAGAGUUUAUGUAAUACUCGGGUGGAGCAGCUGAAAAGUGAGCUUCAGGCUGCCCAUAGUGAAAGUCUGGCGGCUGAAGAACGCCGCGCGGAGGAAUUGGCACAGGCUAAGAACCUCACUCACCGCAUUGAAACGGACUACAAGGAACGUCUUUGCGAAGCUGAGAAGCGCGUUGAUGAAGUACGUGAACGGCUGGAAACGGCAAACAAACGACUAACAGAGGAACGUAACACUGCUAUAAAGGAGGCAACUCGCUCUACAGAGCGGUUGGCUGUUACGUUGGCAGAUCACGAGGCGUUGCUGGAGCGAAUGAAGAAAUGGAACACGUACAUUCUUCGUCUACUUGAUCAAUUUUAUACAGCGUUUGUAGAGUCUAGACCGGAACAGGCCGUAGAACCGCAUGAUCCAGAGUUACAUGAAUCUGCUUCUUUGUAUGUCCCGCGAUCUCUUAUGGAAGAUCCGAAUGCAAAAGUAACCGCGGAGCGCAUUGUGUAUCGCCUGUUACAGCUGAAGCACGCUCAUCUAACGGAGGAAGUGGAUCGUGUUCCGAGAGACGGGAACUCCAUAGAAGCUUUAGAGGAGUUGGUUGAGAAGCAAAAACGCCUCUCACAGGCAUUCCAAGAGAUCGAAGAGAAAUGUACGGAGGCCAGAGAUUCUCUCAGUGGUGUCAUCUCUCGCUUGUGUUUUUUUAGCGAUGAUCUUAAUGAUGCGAUUGUCAACUCGGGGUACGUUGCGCCCCCGCAAAGUUGCGCAAUUUUUGUCUGUCUUGGAGUCUUUAGGGGAAGACAAUUAUGGGCUGAAGACGCUGAGAGGGCUCGCGCUUCUGUGUCCCUGAUGAAUUCCGUGUUACGUCCUAAAAUGACACAGUAUGGAGCCUAUGAGUGUUACAGUGACGGAACAUCCAUGCUGUUGGCCUUUGCGGAUCCUGUGGCCGCUUGUCGUUUUUGUGUGGAGUCGCAGUGGUGGUUGAUGAAUUUGCCGUGGCCACAGUCUUUGCUCCGAAGUGUAUGGGGCAAAGAGGAAUACGAUAAAGCAAAUAAACUGAUAUACCGUGGAUUACGCUUAUCUAUGUCAAUUCACACGGGUGACGCAUUUGUGGAGCCAACCGCUAUACCGUGUGGAGAUUCUUACCGUUGUCACUACUAUGGUCGUGCUGUUUCGCAAGUCAUUCAUGUUUGUUCUCUUGCACAGGGAGGUCAAGUACUUGUGACAGGGCCUGUUUGGGACAUGUGUGCUCCAGAUCUACAUGAAUUGGGGCCUGUUGGAGUCCGGGAAAUUGGUGCAGUUCCCAUUGUUUCUUUCAACAAGGAGACAAAUUGUUAUGAGAAGGAGAGCCUUCUUCUUCGUCAGAUUCUCCCACAGGAGUUGUUGGGUCGUCCCUUUCAAAAUAUUGUGGAGGAGGACGCCCUGGAUCUCGCACUGUUUGGAAAGAUGCGACGGUCUAUGCUUUCAGAUGAAAUUCAAUGCGUGGAGGCACGGCGGGCUUUCCUCAAGGAGGCGGUUGGUGUGGCAGGCGAGGAACUGGUGGCGGUGGACCGCGCUAUACACGCCCUUAUGCAUCGGACACGAGAGGCGAAGUCGUACUUUCAUUUGCUUCCGCCCACUGAAAUGGUGGAGUUGUUGAACGAUUUGUACGGUGUGAUGGAGAAGGUUGCAUCUCGCGCGUCCCACAUUCGUGGCGACCUCCGUCGCAUGGACCAACGGCAGGAUGAACUGGUGAACCAGACCCGUGGCUUGAAAGACUACUGCCUCCAGCAUGCAUUCACAGCCUCUCGAGUGGAGGAGCUUCAAACUCAUUCAGAACUCAUGCAAACUCGUUAUGAAAAGGAGAUGACUGAGAUGCAUCGGAGCCACGCAGAGAAGGUGGAGCAGCUUCAGCGCGAGUUGCGGGAGCGUGACCAGCUGAUCCAACGGCUCUACAGGAAACUGCAGUCUGCUCCACUGAGCCACUCAUGA